GCGCCUCCACAGAACGCUCCUCAAAUCAGAUUCGGAGGCGGUGCUGUUUGAACGGAGCGCGCGGAACGUGCUGCGCUCGCGCCUGUGUUUAGUUUCGCGAGGUUACAGAGUGCGCGCGCCGCGUUUCACAUCAGCGCCACAAAGUUCAGCAGAGAGCUGCUGCAACCGCUCUGCCUCCCAAAGCAUCACUGCCAGGUUCCGCGGGCGCGCGCUAAUCCUCGUGCUCUCACACGCGGACCGCUGACGUCACACCGUCCGUUGAGCGCGAGACGCUGUGGUGGAAGUAACGGACGGCGAGCGGCGGAGCUUCGCGCUUAUUCUUCCCCCCCAACACGGUGACCGUUAUGAAGGCGCUAGAAGCGACAGAGGCGCACGAGUGCGCCGCAAACAUGGAGAGCGUCUCUGGCGCGAGCAAACGCCGGCGGCACUGCCUCCGCAGCGCUGUGAACGGAGCUCCGUUUGUGCUCUCCGCCGUGUCCGUCGCCUUUUGCGUCCUUCUGGGCGUCCAGACCAACGACGUGAAAAACAGGAUGACGGAUUUGGAGAGCGCGCGCCUGUCCUACCCGUUGGCUGCGUUGUCAACCGAACAGCUCAAUUCCGUAAUACGGGAGAGAGUGGACGAGCUGCUGGCACAGCGCACCUACGAACAGUUUUCCAGGAUAAGGACUGCCCGUCAGGCUUCACCUGAGUGCAACUGCCCACCAGGCCCACCGGGGAAGCGAGGAAGAAGAGGGCGCAAUGGAGAUCCUGGACCCCCUGGUCCACCUGGUCCAAAAGGUGAUAAGGGUGACCAAGGCGACCAGGGGCCGCGGAUGGUCUUCCCUAAGAUCAAUCAUGGCUUUCUUUCUGCUGAUCAGCAGCUCAUUAAGCGCCGGCUCAUUAAGGGUGAUCAGGGUCAAGCAGGCCCCCCAGGACCUCCUGGACCUCCAGGCCCCCCUGGCCCUAGGGGACCCCCAGGGGACACAGGGAAGGAUGGUCCCAGAGGAGCCCCAGGUCAACCAGGUGACCCUGGAACUCCAGGACUGCUCGGCUCUAUGGGACCUGAGGGCCCUCCAGGACCCAAGGGUUCCAUUGGGCUGCCUGGCAUUCCAGGUAUUGAUGGAUUCAAGGGGGAGGUGGGUAUGCCAGGAUUAGAUGGAAAACCUGGUGCCAAGGGUGAAAAAGGAGAGCGGGGUGAAAAGGGUGACAUGGGAGAAGAAGGCCAGAAAGGUGAAGUUGGUGAGAAGGGCGAUGCAGGGUCUUCUGCUGCUGGGAUUAAGGGUGAGCCAGGCGAGCCAGGGCGAAGUGGGCAAAAGGGAGAGCCAGGACUUCCAGGGCUGCCUGGACUUCCCGGAAUAAAGGGUGAACCUGGUUUUCUCGGGCCUCAGGGUGAGCCAGGCUUACCAGGACUGCCAGGAACAAAGGGAGAGCGAGGUGAGCCUGGGCCAGCAGGAAAAAGUGAACGUGGAGAGAUCGGUCCAGCUGGGCAGAAGGGAGCACAGGGGGAACCUGGAACACCAGGCCUCAAAGGAUCCAAGGGGGACACUGGAGACAAAGGGGACGUUGGCCUCAUGGGGCCAAGAGGUCCACCAGGAGAGAAAGGUGACCAGGGCACAACUGAAAUCAUAGACUACAAUGGAAACAUACAGGAAGCACUUCAGAAGAUAACCACUAUUACAGUGACGGGUCCCCCUGGGCCUCCUGGACCAGUUGGACCACAAGGCAUCAAGGGCGAUCAAGGUCCUCCAGGUCUUCCAGGCCUGGAUGGAGAGAGGGGUUACAAAGGUUCAAAGGGAGACAUGGGCAUGCCUGGAACAGCUGGUGAUAAAGGAGCAGUAGGAUUGCCAGGGCUACCUGGUGUUAAUGGUCUGAAAGGAGAAAAGGGUGAUUCUGGUAUGCCCGGACCUCAAGGACCAUCUAUUAUAGGACCACCUGGAGCACCUGGGCCACAUGGCCCACCUGGUCCAAUGGGCCCACAUGGAUUCCCUGGACCAAAGGGGGAGCCAGGUUUACAUGGUCUGAAAGGCGCACGGGGGGAGCCGGGCCACAAGGGUGACCGAGGACCAAUGGGUCUCCCUGGAGCGUCUGGCUUGGACGGCAAGCCGGGAUUAAGGGGUAUGGAUGGCCCAAUUGGUGCCCCUGGCCCUGCUGGUCCUAAAGGAGACAGAGGUGAGAAAGGUGCUACAGGUGAGCCUGGGCCAAGAGGACCAUAUGGACUACCGGGUGCUGCUGGGACACCUGGGCUGGAUGGGUUACCAGGCUUAAGGGGAGAGAAAGGCGACGUGGGGGAAAGAGGAGAAAAGGGUUUCCGGGGCUUUAAGGGUGAAAAGGGCGAGCCAGGUCAGCCUGGUCUGGAUGGGUUGGAUGCCCCGUGCCAAUUGGGUCCAGAUGGACUACCAAUGCCUGGCUGCUGGCAAAAGUGAUCAGUCUAACUCAAACCGCAUGGAAUUUGUAAAUAAUGCUUCAUUUUUGUAUUUAUAGUUUUUUUUAAUUGUGGAAAAGAAUAUAAAUAUAAAUGAAUAUGAAUAUAAAUGUGUGUGUACAUUGAAGGAAAAACACAAAUCUCAUCAGACUCACACACAGCUGCUUCCACUCACCCUUGUGCGGUCAUGGCAGUGUGUGUCACAUUCACAUAAGUAAUAGUGGAGAUCAUAAACUUCACCAGCUAAUAAACUCUUGCACAUGAGGACAGCGCUGUGCAUGGUCCUCGGAAUAAGAUUGGCUACCGAAAUGGACUAACGGGGUGUGGAGGAGAAGGAGGCGAUGACAAGAUGAGGACUCGUUGGCAACAUUGGAAGCUAGCUGUAGAUAUCUGAAAACUGAUCACUUAUCAUCAUGCUGUACUACCAAGCUUAAAAGACUAAAGACUGUCUCCACAAGCCAAAAUAAGCAUGAAUGUGUAUACAUUUCACCUGGCGGUGUGGUCAAUAAUGGUACGGCUUCUGCAAAACACUAACUGGCUUUCGUUUUUUUUGUUUUUUUUUUGUCCCUCCCCCCUCCCCCACAUUGUAACAAAUUUUCGUCCCUAAAGUUUUACUUUGCUUUUUUUGUCAUCUUCUAAAGGGAGUCACACCUUGGCUGGUGGCCUGAAAAGUGAUUUAUCUGGAGGUAGAAAAAGCGAUUGUUGGUUUGUGUUGUUGUAAAGAGGUCAGUUCCUGACCUGGCCUUUGCAGCGUCUCUGUAUUUCACUUGGGUGACUCAUCUGGUGAGUGACCACCAGUGGACUUUGUUCAUAGAGUGAGCAGAAAUAAGGAGCAGCUGCUGCACUGGUCUUCAGUACAAUCAUGACUAAAGUGGACAGAUCGGCCCAAAUGCACUUGCUUGGACCUCACGAUUCCUUGGAGUGGGCGUGGCAAGUGGGCGGAGUUUUCUACAACCAUUAGAAAUGCUACAGGCUCUAGCAAGAGGCUACAGAUCUACUGAGAACAACAGGAUUACAUUUCUUGGAAGACUUUUUUUUUUACUUCUGUUGAUUAUUUGAUUUCUUUUAUUUUACUAUAGCCUUUGGUGCCUCAAGCCUCUUAUCAUUCAUUCCCUUACUGUAAAACUUUACAUUGAGUGCUUUGACUUGUGGAAAUAAUGUUUGAUAAUGGAGUACAAAACUGCAACGACUGUAAUGCAUACUGUAGGAACAGUUGAGGGCACUGAAAUAGAAGUUUUUGUUUUUGAAGUGCUAUAUUCUUUUCAUGGCUUCAAACAGAAGUCGGAGUUGCUUACAGGGUCGUUUUGCCUAUCAAGGAAUGCACGCCUCUGUGCUGAAGCUAGCAGUAAUGAUAAUGUCUCUCCAAAUUCCAUUGCAGAAGGUGCUUCUGGUUCUUUAUUCUUUGCUUCAAACCAUUUUACAUUGUGUGCCAUGUAGGCUCAUGUAAAUAUUUCCUAUCAAACACAAAAAACAGCAUAGAAAGCUUCUUUGUCCAAAUUAACACUGUCUACCAGCAAUGUUAUGUGCAGCAGAUAACAGGGAGUGCUGUGACAUUCCAGAGCCAUUGGAACAACCUGGUCAUUUAGUAUUAGCCUUCUGGUGACAUUUCAGUCGUUUAAACUACAUGUACCUUUUGAAAAGGUGGAGUGAGACUAUGGACAGAAACAUUUCUCCAGACUCAGUCCACAAACCUGAGAGCUUCAUCUCAGCCUGAACUGCCUUUGACUGAGCAGAAAGAUUGUUUAUUGGAAUAGCUUUGUGGGGGCUCUUUUGGGCAUUUCAUUUUCUGAAGCAGCAAUGAGGCAGUGUGGUUGUUUUUGUUUUUUUUGUAAAUACAGUUUGUAUUAACCGAAAAAUCUGCAUUUGCUUUUAUACUUUUAAGUAAUGCAGCGUUAAUUUUAUACUUAAGCAUAUUGCUGUCAAAAGAGGCAUUCCUUGUAUUGUAAUUUGGGGUAGCUUUGAAGGUCUUCAUACCUUUCAGUAUUGUACAUGUUUGGUAGAGUUCUGCGCUUAAAAGUAAUGCCAGCUAAGGAUGAGCAUUUUAAGGAUGAGCAUUAAGGAUGAGCAUUUUAAGGAUGAGCAUUUUAAGGAUGAGCAUUUUAAGGAUGAGCAUUUCAAGGAUGAGCAUUUCAAGGAUGAGCAUUUCAAGGAUGAGCAUUUUAAGGAUGCUUUUUUUUGUCCAAACUCCACUCUUUAACAUUGUCACAUUACCCCAUACUCCACAGUUUACUUUAACAUUAGGCCACUUAAAUCACAGUUAAUUGUGUUAGACAGCCGUUCUGGUCACGCUCUUACUCUUCACAUCAAAACUGGAUUGAUAAGCGAGAAUAUACCACACACUAGAUGUAAUAUAGCCCCGCCACCUCCAUAAUCCUUGUUACAUUGAAUGUAGAUUAAUAUAUGUAUAGUGGACAAUGCGUGUGCAGUUAAAUAUUUGCUCAUUUGACAAAAAAAGUGCAAUUUAUACUUCUCUUGUAUGUAAUGAUAUGUGAACAAUAUUCAGUAUACAAAUGCGAAUCAAUGUCAGUUACACACAUUUAUUGUAAGUUAUAAGAAUAUUUUAAUCACUUUUACAUUGGCACUGGUGAUUCCUCCGUUUUUAAUAAAGUAUGGUAUGGGCAUGAACGAGGCUCAGAGUUAAUACAUAUAGACUAGAAUUUUGACAUUUGUUUUUCAGGCUUUCGUUAUCAAGCCACCAUUAAUUAAAUAUUUUCUUAAAUCUGAUAUGUAUUAAAGCGUGUCUCCAUUUAUUGUUUUUACACUUCAAACUGUUACUUAAGUCAUUUCAUUUCAAGUGCAUGAGAGACAAAUGCAUCUUUUAAACUCAUUUUCUUUUUAUAUUUGCAUAAACUAUUUUCUGUACUUUCAUCAUUGGUGCUGUAUGAAGUUUUUUUUUUUUGUUAUUGUUUUGUUUAAAAGUGUCAAAAUGUUUUGAAAAUUCCACUUUUUCAUAAACUAUUACUUUUGAAUUGUCCAGGAUUUUUUGUCUGAUCUUUUAUUCACAUUUUUUAUUUGUUUCUUUAAGAAGUUACUUAUCCUGUGUUACAGCAUUUCUGUGUUAAAGUUAUAUCCUACAACUCCAAAGAGAAAGAAGCCGUUUUUUUUUUUUAAACCUGAAACAAACACACAUUGGAAUGCGAUAAAUUAAUGCAUUUAUAGUGAUAUGUUGAUUGUGUUAUAGUAAAUGAUGCAUAACACAGUGGUGUAGUAUGUUAUGGAUCUGAUCAUUUAGCAGAAUCAAGCUUUAUGGAUGUGUUCUUAGUCCUACAUCACUUUCCUCUUUCACUUUUUCUUUCUGAAGAAACGUGGAUUUAUGACACAUCACUUCACAAUCACUCUCUCUCUCUCUCUCUCUCUCUCUCUCUCUCUCUUUACAUGCGUUUUACUUUAUUUUAUAUGACAGAUUUUUUUUUAUUCCUCUCCUGGAAAGCUUCUUUGCAUUGUUAUCGAGUGUGGCUCAAGACACUUCAUUUCAAACAUGUUUUAUGUGACAGUAGUGGUGGAGCCAAAUAAAUCCAGCUGUUUUUCUCCAAA